GUCUUCUGCUGGAUCACUGCUACAGUUCUGGACCACAUGUUGACUACAGGCCAGAGAGGAGAGCUGCCCAAGACCCUGACUGACAUGUACUCACACUUCCUGCUGGUUCAGACAAAGAGGAAGAAGCACAAGUACGAUGAGGGACGUGAGACGAGUCCACAGGAGCUGACGGAGGCUGACAGGGAAGUUCUUCUGAAGCUGGGGAGGCUGGCGUUUGAACAUCUGGAGACAGGAAACAUCAUGUUCUACCAAGAAGACCUGGAGCGCUGUGGUCUUAAUGUCACAGAGGCCUCGGUGUACUCAGGGGUUUGUACAGAGAUCUUCAGAAGAGAGAGUGUGAUCUUCCAGAAAACAGUCCACUGCUUUGUUAAUCUGAGCGUUCAGGAGUUUCUGGCUGCAGUCUACAUGUUCCACUGUUUCACCAACAGGAACACAAAGGUUCUGCAGGACUUCGUGGGAGGUCAAAGUUAUAACAACUACUCUUCCCUGGAUGGGUUCCUGAGGAGAGCCAUGCAGAAAUCCCUUGAAAGUAAAAAUGGCCACCUGGACCUGCUUGUUCGGUUCCUUCAUGGCCUCUCUCUGAAGUCCAACCAGAGACUCUUAGCAGGCCUGCUGGGUCAGACAGACAACAGUCCAGAAAUCAUCCAGAGAGCCAUCAACAACCUGAAGGAGAUGAACAGUGAUAAGAUCUCUCCUGACAGAAGCAUCAACAUCUUCCACUGUCAGACGGAGAUGAACGACCACUCAGUCCAUCAGGAGAUCCAAGAGUUCCUGAAGUCAGAGAACAGAUCAGAGAAGGAACUCUCUGAGAUCCACUGCUCAGCUCUGGCCCACAUGCCAUGAGGAAGAAGUUUAGCGAGGAGCUGGAGAUAAACAUGCAGGGCUGGGUUAUCAGCAAACAGGCACACCACGAGAGAGUGUCCGGUAAAAUGAUCAGGGCGAUGGACAAACAAAUGUCCACCACCAUGAGUGACGAUUUAUUGACUGUGGACUCUCAGAGAGUCACUGUGAAGUUGUGGCCUCAGCACUGAAGUCCAACCCCUCCCAUCUGACAGAACUGGACCUGAGUUUCAACAAGCUGCAGGAUUCAGGAGUGAAGCUGCUGUGUUCUGGACUGGAGAGUCCAAACUGUCGACUGGAGACUCUGAGAUUGGAGAGCUGCAGGUUGUCAGAGAUCAGUUGUGCUUCUCUGGUCUCAGCUCUGAAGUCCAACCCCUCCCAUCUGAGAGAGCUGGACCUGAGUAAGAACAACCUGCAGGAUUCAGGAGUGAAGCUUCUCUCUGCUGGACUGGAGAGUCCAAACUGUCGACUGGAGACUCUGAGAUUGUGGGGCUGCAGUUUGUCAGAGAUCAGUUGUGCUUCUCUGACCUCAGCUCUGAACUCCAACCCCUCCCAUCUGAGAGAGCUCGACCUGAGUGACAACAAGCUGCAGGAUUCAGGAGUGAAGCUGCUGUCUGAACUUGUGGAGAGUCCAAACCGUAGCCUGGAGACUAUGAGUAUUUCCUGUUUUCCUCAGUGAAGCUGUGAGAGGAGAACGGUGACAGGCUUCAGGAUUGGACAGAAAGAGAUAGAGGGGGAACAGUCAGCCAAUCAGAUGAGCCAGAAGCUUGUUGUGAUCGUGUGUUUGAGAUGAAGUGAAGACGACUGUUGUUGUUGUGUUCAUGUCUACAGGAAGUAAAGCUGGAUCACAGCUGACAGCAUCACAGGAUGUGUAGAGACAGUCGUCCUCAUUCAUCAAGCUGUUGUAGCAUCAAAUCUUUCUCUCAUUUCAACACUGAACAAGUGAUCAGUCCAUCUGUGUCACAGCUCUCAGGUCUACGGUGGCCCUGAAGGUCAAAACACAACAACAUUCAACCAAAUAUCUCACUGUCACCAGAGACUUGGGUUCUUCAAGAUCGCGUCCCACUUUUUCCAUA